UGAGUACGUCAGGAAAGGGGGCGUGGCGACGUGCGUCAAUGUAUCCACGUAAUCCGGGAAGUAGGAAGUGCUGCGCACGCCCUUCAGUCGCAGAAACAGCACAAGAUGGCUCAGUUUGACAAAGUAUCCCAAAAGUCCAAGCUGCAUCCGAAGCCGGAGGGCCUGACGUUGCAGUAUGGCACAGCUGGAUUCCGCACUCACGCCAAACAUCUGGAUCACAUCAUGUUCCGCAUGGGGCUUUUGGCAACUUUGAGGUCCAAAAAGACAAAAUCCACCAUUGGAGUCAUGGUGACCGCCUCUCAUAACCCAGAAGAAGACAAUGGGGUGAAGCUUAUUGACCCCAUGGGGGAGAUGGUGACAGCGGUGUGGGAGGGAUACGCCACACAACUCGCUAACGCCGAGCAGGACUCUCUUCUCAAGGAACUGAAGGACAUUCUUGAGAAAGAGGACAUCGACGUGAGCGAGCCGGCAAGUGUCUAUGUCGGCAAAGACACCAGACCGAGCAGUGCUAGUCUCUCUCAGGCUGUACUGGAUGGCGUUUCCAGUUUAGGCGGCAAAACUCAUGACUAUGGUCUGGUCACCACUCCCCAGCUGCAUUAUAUGGUGUGCUGUUGCAACACGCGUGGCUGCUACGGCAGUCCCACUGUUGAGGGCUACUACCAAAAACUCUCACAGGCUUUCCUUCAGCUCACCCAGAACGCCUCAAACCGCACCGAUGAUCAGAAGAGGCUUCAGGUGGAUGGAGCCAACGGCAUCGGCGCAUUGAAGAUGAGAGAAAUGGAGGCGUUUCUUCGCUCCGAACUGCAGGUGGUGCUUUCGAAUGACGGCAGUAGUGGGAAACUCAACCACAUGUGUGGAGCAGAUUACGUCAAAGUCCAGCAAAAAGCGCCUCAAGGUAUGAAUAUGGGAGUAGGUGAACGCUGCUGCUCGUUCGAUGGUGAUGCCGAUCGCAUUGUUUACUAUUACACCGACUCUAAAGGCUGCUUCCAUCUGCUGGACGGAGACAAGAUCGCUACUCUCAUCAGCACGUACCUCAAAGAGCUGCUCACACAGGCAGGGUUGAACCUACAGAUUGCUGUUGUUCAGACAGCAUAUGCUAAUGGGAGCUCAACUCGCUACUUGGAGGAUGUCAUGAAGGUCGUUGUAUGCUGUACGAAAACAGGAGUGAAGCACCUACAUCAUGCGGCACAGGAAUAUGAUAUUGGAGUGUAUUUUGAGGCUAAUGGACAUGGAACUGUUUUGUUUAGCAAAGCAGCACAGAAACAGAUUCAGGAGCUGGUGAAAGACUUGAACACAAACGAUGAGAGAAAACAAGCGGUGAAACUCCUGGAGAGCACAAUCAAUCUGAUCAACCAGACGGUGGGAGAUGCAAUCUCGGAUAUGCUAGUGAUUGAAGCAGUGUUGGCCAUCCGAGGGAUGUCUGUGCAAGACUGGGACGCAAUUUACACAGAUCUGCCCAACCGCCAACUUAAAGUCACGGUGUCAGACCGGCGUGUUAUAGAUACGACAGAUGCAGAAAGGAAAGCCGUGACUCCAGAGGGUCUGCAGGAUGCCAUCGACUCGCUUGUAAAGAAAUACAAAAACGCUCGGUCUUUCGUUAGACCGUCUGGAACCGAAGAUGUGGUCAGAGUCUAUGCUGAGGCUGACACACAGGAAAGUGCUGAUAGUCUGGCUCAUGAGGUCAGUCUGGCUGUGUAUCGUCUCGCCGGAGGAGUCGGAGACGAGCCAAAACCUUUACACUGAUCAAACAGUCAGUCUGAAUCCAUCCAGUGAAAUGCAUAAAUACUGUAAAUGUACAGUAAACUAGUAUUUGUUGCACAAACAAAUGUUUUGAAUGUUUUGGGAGAUGACAAAUGUUAAUAGUUUACUCUUUGUACUGUAUGAAUGACCAACAAUCUUUAUAAAUGGAAGCGUUUGAUUACGAGGGGAUGUUAAACCGUGAUCGGUGUGAGCCUUUGUUUACACUCAUUUCAUUAGAGCAAAAUCGAGUUUUGCCUUUUUUUUUUAAAUUUUACCUACCAUUUUGAUUAUAGAAGAAAAUAUCAUUCAAUAGUUUGGGGUAAGAUAUUUAAAUGUUUUUGAAAGAAGUCUCUUAUGCUCACCAAGGCUGCAUUUGUUUAAUAAAAAUACAGUACAGACAGCAAUAUUGUGAAAUAUUGGUACAAUUUAAAUUUUGUUCUAAAUUUGUCAUUUAUUCCCGUUAUGUUAAAGCUGAAUUUUCAGCAUCAUUACUCCAGUCUUGAUUCAUUCGGAAAUCAUUCUGAUAUGCUGAUUUGCUGCUCAUUAUCAAUGCUGAAAACAGUUGUGCUGUUUAAUACUUUUGUGGAAACCAUGAUAAUUCUUUUCCAGGAUUCUAUGAUGAAAAGAAAGUUCAAAAUAACAGCUUUUACUUGAAUCUUGAAAUCUUUUGUAACAAUGUAAUAGUUUUUCUGUAACCUUUGUUCAAUUGUAAUGCAUCCUUACUGAGUGAAAGGAUUAAUUUAUCUAAAAAAAACAAACGAAACAAAACUAUUUACUCCAAACUUUUGAAUAGUAGUGUAUGUGUAGCUGUCUAAUAAAAACCUUAUUGUACUAGAGAUUGGGUGAAUUACAACUAAUGUAAAGCAUAUUGGAUUGUAUGUAGCAUUAUGUGAUUUUAUACCAAUGAUCUUUGCUAUAAAGUUGCUGCAUGGGUACUUAGAAAAUCAAAUAAAUAUUUUAUCACCAUC